ACAUUUCCCACAUUCCAUUGUUUAUUUUCCAGUCCACCGACGGGCUGACCCGAUUUCAUCCAAAUACGUACUUAAAAUGCAAACAAAAAACUCAUCUUCUUCACCUGCAACAGAUCGAAGCUCUGUAUGUAGUUUAUACAUAUACGUAUUCCCUAGAAAUAUUUAUAUACAUUUAUACAAUAAUAUAUUCAUACAUUGAAUUAUUCUUCAUCCGCGAGCUAGCUCAUUUUCCUUGAAGUCUAACGUUAAUUUUGCCUGCCCUGGAUUGACUGAUCACUAUUCCUUUUCUGCAUUAUCAGCUGAUCGGUAUAUAUAUUUCGCUAUUCACAUUUCAAUUCAUUUGAUUAAUGAAUUAAUCAAUUAAUUAUGGGAUCUGUUGUAUUUACUGAUAUGGAAGCUUUUCUAAUUCCUAGCUCCAUCAAGGUUCAUCUCUUAAUGUGCACAACAUUAAUCAACAUUGUGAGUAAAGCUUCAAGGAUACUUGGAGCAAUAGAAUCAACUCGGCCCCGAUGCAGAUCAGGGAUGGAGUCACUUUGCUCAUUGAACAAAGCCAUCGAAGAGUUGAAGUCAAUAAUCAAGCAAUGCACUCAAUCUAGUAAGCUCUACCUUGCUCUAAGAGGAGACAUUAUACACUCAAGAUGCAUACGCUCAAGGAGAUUAAUGGAGGCCAGCCUUGACGACAUACAAAAUAUGGUUCCUUUAUCGCUCGCUUCGCAGCAGGUAUGUGAAUUAGGUGCUGAUCUUAGAGGUGCGACAUUUAUCAUAGAAGGAGCUGAAGAGGAGGCCGCUAAGGCUGUGAAAGAAAUACUCUAUAAUCAGUUCGUUACAAAGAGUGAAGUAGAGGAGUGGAUUAAGGUUGCAAUGUCCCGACUAAAUAUUAACUCUCCAAAAGCUCUCUUGGUAGAGAAAAAAUCAAUCACAAUGAUGCUACAUAAUCUUGGCGAUGGCCAGAAGAAGACCAUUUUGACCUUCUUGCUCCAUCUUCUGAGGAAGCACGGGAAACAAAUUGUGGAGACAUAUUCUUCCCAAGAAUAAUUGUAGAGCGAAUGCUACAUACGGUACCUAUAAAAAAUGAGGAUACCGUACGAGUAAAGGGUCAGUUUAGUCCUCGAAGUUGCAAAAAGGCGUCAAAUAAGU